AUGUCUGUGACGGAGCCUGCAGAUUCUGGUGGCGGAACGCAAAUUGUUCAGAAUCUGCAGGUUGCUGGAAUGACAAACUUGCAAGAUAUCGGCUCAUGGGCCCAAUUAAUGGAAGAAGAGGAGGACGUCACUUUCGGAGGCGAUGACGAUGGCACCGAUGAGGUCGACGGACCAGCGGCGAGCAUCAGUCCCGAACGCCGACGCAAAAUUCCCGACGGACCGCCGUACAAGGUGCAGGUGGCGAAUGUGUCGACGAAACACCUUGGAGAGGAGCUUUUGUAUUAUUUUGGCGGAGAGGAAUUGGUGAAAGAGUUCUCGUUCCUCUCAGCCGAUGGCAAAGCGAUUUUCGAGUUUGCCAGCCGCGAUGGAUUGAUUUCAGCGUUGGAGAAGAACGAAAAAGACUUUCAGGGCAACAAAUUGAAGGUUUAUGUGAUGCAGAAUCGCGAGAGUGUCAAUCGGAUGCCGGCGAGAUUGUCGAACGACUAUCGCCGUUCGUCGGAUGGCUAUGAGAAUCGCCGAAAUGACAGCUAUAAUCGAUCGAAUCGAUAUAAUAGUCAGUCGAGUUUGAAUGGCGAUUAUCGGAAUGAUCGAAGCUUCCGCGGCGGCGAUCGCUACAAUCAUUAUGGCACAAUGCCGGCUGGCGGAUUUCAUCACGACAAACGCGGCGGGUUUCCGGAUCGAUUCCACGACGGCAAUCGGAAUAGCAUGCGCGGCGGACGAGGUCGCGGCGGAAGCGGCGGCGGACCCUACAACAACUAUAGCAACACGUACAAUCGGCAAAACAGCGGACCAUCGGCGUACAAUCGCUAUGAGCACCAGGGUGGUGGUCCGUUGCAGCGAAGCGGCAGCUAUCAGUACAAUCGCGACUAUAAUACUAAGCAUGGCGGUUCGAUCAGCGCGCGAUCGCGAACGGAAUCGCACUCGACGAAUGUUGAGACGUUCUCGCGGACGAGCUCGAGAAUGUCGAUCAACGACGAGCCAAAGGUACAGCGAAAAACGUCGGUGAACCCGUUUGGCGACGCGAAGCCGGUCGACACCCAAUCGAAACUUUUGGAGCUUGAACGACGGCAGAAGGAGAAGAUGGAGCAGGAGGCUAUUGAGAAGCAGAAGAAGGAGGCCGAGCUUCAGCAGCAGCAGCAGCAGCAGCAGAAGGAGGCUGAGCAACAGCAGAAGGUUGACGGUGAGCAGCAGAAGCAGGUUGCGGAGAACGCGAGCCAUAAAGGCCAUCAUAAUCAUCAUCAUCACCAACACCAUCAACACCAUCAAAAGGGUGGCAAACAGUAUCCGCCAUAUGGUGCGAAGAGCUUUGAGCAGAAUGAGCCGCAUCGAGCGUACCAUCAGCAGCGGCACAACUCGUUCGAGCAAGGCGCGCCGCCGGGAAGCGUAAUAAUCAAGAAGCGCGAGACGAGCGAGGCGGAUAAGCUGCGCGAGGAGGAGUGCUCGACGCCGCCGGUCGAUCCCGUUCAAUAUCCGACGUCAAGUGAGGCGACGCCGCCGCCGCCGCCGCCCCAACAACAGCAGCAGCAUGCAGGCAAGAAGUGUGCGCACGUGAAGCAGCCGUCGGAAUUGCCGCCGAAAUACCAGAAGACGCGCGCGACACAGAAGACGUAUGUGCCGAAAAGCGGGCACGUGUUGACGAAGAGCGCCACCGUCGGCCACAUCGACAAACGCGACGAAUCGGCGGCGAGCGGCGAGCGACGCGAAAGUUUUGGAAAAUCUCGCGGCGGUGCCGCUUAUCGACAGAAUGACGCACGACGGCCGAGUUUUUCGGGAAGCGAAAGCAACUAUUCGAUGAAUAAGAAUAAUAAUAAUAAUAGCUAUCGCGGCGGACCAUCGAAACGCGGUGAGAUGCGCGGUGGAUCGCGUGGCGGCCGCGGACGCGGCGGAGGAGCCGCCGCCGCCGGCGCCGCUCGCAAGUCGGACAGUCGGACGAACGAGUCGCACGUUGAGGCGGAUGUCGGCGAGCCGGAAAAGGUGAUUGUCGAGGAGGUGGUGAUGACGAAGGAGACUGUCGUCGUUGUUGUUAAAGGAGACGAGAAGGCGUCGGAAAAGAAUGAGCCGGCCGAGCCUUGUGUUGGUGUUGUUGAGCAGCCGGUAGGCGGCGAGUCGACGAAAACGGAACCGACGCCGCCGAUGCCGUCGACGCCGAAGAAGAGGGAUCGAAAGAAGGAGAAGAAGAAGGAGGCGAAAACGAGCCAUAUGAGCACGAACAAGUUUGCCGCGUUGCUCAACUGCCCGCAAUGA